UGGCUCGGGGCGACGCAGGGCGCGCUGACGUCAGAGCGCGGCGAGCGGCAGAGACGGGCUGGGGGCUGCGGGCGCCAUGAGCAAAGCGCACCCGCCAGAGCUGAAAAAGUUCAUGGACAAGAAGCUGUCGUUGAAGCUGAACGGCGGCCGGCACGUGCAGGGAAUCCUGCGGGGCUUCGACCCCUUCAUGAACCUGGUGAUCGAUGAGUGCGUGGAGAUGGCGCCGGGCGGGCAGCAGAACAACAUCGGCAUGGUGGUGAUCCGAGGGAACAGCAUCAUCAUGCUGGAAGCUUUGGAACGAGUGUAAACCCCUGGAAAUGCCCAAAUCCCGACCCCACGGUUCCGUUCCCUCGUCCAAGACGCCGCCCACCAGUGUACAAUUAUUUUUUGUUAUUAAAUCGAUUUUGUAAUGGUUGACCUAA